AGCAGCGCUCUUAUUUUGCAACACGUGUCAGUUAAGCAGCUAAGCAGGCUGUGUGACAGCAGGUCUUAGACCUUUCAAUCUGUAAAGGUUAGCCUAUAAUUUUUUGGCUCCUAAGACUAUAAAUACAAGUCAAGCAAUCCGUGUCAUCGUUUACUGGUUUGGAUUUGGCGAGGGUUCGCUGAGCACAAAGCUAACUAGCAAUGGCUCGAAACUGGCUAUCGGCGGCGUUUAAUCAAGCGACUAUACUUCAUUCGCUAGAACGAAACUUUUUACUGAUGCUGAUCUUGAGCACAGUUUACGGUUGGGAACCUCGAGGACCUUCGAAAAAUGGUUACGUGCAGCUAGAAAAUCUGCCCAUAAGGGCUGAUUUUCUUGAGUUUCACUACGGCCACUCAACUCCGGUUAUCAUAUUAAGAAGACUAUAUCCACACAACUUUAAACUUAUAUAUACAGUGCAAUACUGUGAUCAACAGAGAGAUACCCCAUAUCGGUUCUGCGGCUACCACCACAUAGAAGGAACCACCCAAGGUUUGAUGGCGUUCCCCUGGUUACCUUCGAAAUAUUACAGAUUGACGAUAUUCCCUCUAGGCGACAUAGGGUCCAGCGGAAUAAAAGAGAAGUUUUUCGCCCUCGGCAUACUUGACACGAGAACUUGCGAGAACUGUUACAUCAACACUAAUAUGUAUGUAGAAGGGGGUAACGAGCUGAAUUUGACCUACACGAUGGCUCCUAAAAUUGAUGAACUUGCGAUGCUGCAUAUUGACAUUGGAGAGGCCGUAACGCGUUGUCCUAGUUAUCCUAGGCACUCUGUAGAAGUAACUUUAGACUAUAUCACGUCUUUUGGAGGGGGCGGCCGUUUUAUUGCAUAUAAAUGUUUCCAAAGAAAGUUCCGUUUAAUGGUACCUAUAGUCGGGCAAGCGGCGCCUGCGGUCCAAUUAAACGGAUAUAUAUCAUGUCCGCGACAACCAAGAAUAAAAAUAUUUGGGAAAAUAGUAGGAUUCCCCAUCACAGGAGAAACGAGCAAUCGAAGGGUAUACAAACGGCACUUGGUUGAUCUUCUUUACGAUUUUCCCGAAGCUCGUGCUCUUUUGGCGGAUAUACAUAUCAAGGGAAUGAAUGUUACAGCUGCAAACGGUCAAUUGGUUAGCUUUGUGGAGCUGCGAAUUAUGAACGCCAGUGACCUAACUUACGUUGACAUAAAUGAUGAUGAGGAUGCCUUUGGAAUGGUACACCUAAAGGUUAAAAGCGCACGACCUGUGAAAGCAUACACUGUGUGGGCGCAGGGAAAAAGGAACGGAACUGCUGAAAUGCUCUUUCAUGACUUCAACGUUAGCAUGUGGAUUACUAGCAACGGAAGUAUAGCAGGGCAUAGGCUUCAAUUAACAUAUGAGCUUACAAACGUUAGCGGAAUUCAUAUGGAAACAACGCAGGAAAGAAUAAAUUGGGUGCGGCAGUGGGAGAACGAGACACUGUGGAAUAGCGUGCGCGCAGCUGCUGCGGAAGCGGGGCUACUCAUUCGUGAAAUUUUUGAAAACCUGACCAGUAUAGUUAAUAUGCCGACCUAUACGAAAUUUUACUCUUUUCGUAACAAUAAGUAAAGAUGUGUGAAAAUAGUCCUAUCGCUAUUUUCAUGAUUAGUCUUAGGUGGUCUUCGGAUCUCUUUAAGGCUUGCCCAAGUCGCAGUUCUGGCAGCUCUGCCAAACUGUAAAAAAACAGCGACAGAAACAGGUUAGCCCAUAAUUUUUAUGCAGUAAGGAAAUACUUUACAAGCAUGUUUUUUUUCAGUUUAAUAGACACUGUUGUCGAUCGUUGAAAUCACGUGAACGCGUGUAUCGCUCCUCUUGCUGCUGUUAUAGGUAGCACGAAGGUUUUUAGUUUGCGAUUGGCUCCAUAAAUGAUUCUGAUAGAUCCGUAUCAGUUGUGUGUAAUAUUGUGAGCGUAUGUGGUUUUGCCGCGUGUCUGCUUUUGAAAUAAACUAUUCUCUACUACGCUAUUUACCGGGUCUAGAUCGUUUUUGAUAGGGUCAACGAGGUCAUUUACCGGGUCUAGAUCGUUUUUGAUAGGGUCAACGAGGUCUUCCCUAUGCGCGGCUGUUCAUUCUGGCUGCUCAUUUUUGGUGAUCAUAAGCGUAACUUCUGCAACAACAACAACAGCAGGAGAUAUUCGCAUUAAAUGUUUUCUAUAUCAGUAGUACUAAGUGUUCCUACCAAUGGAAAUCAACGCGCAGUGUUGGACGAGACUCCUUAGCCAGAUGGCAUGUCCGCUUAUCAUAUGAUAAGUUUGCGUGGAAAACUCCCAGAGAGCAAAAUCCACGCUGCUUGUUUUCGGUGUUAUUACGUUUCCAGAAUUCUUGGCAGCGAUAAUUAACUUUGGCAUAAGAGAUUUUUAACUCUAACGUACUGAAUCAUUCCGAA